AUGGCCACCGACUCCGCUACCAACGGCGGAACCACGCCGCCCGCAAUCCCGCCCGAGGAUUCCCGGUCAUCCUCAUCGACAAACUCCCCCAUUCAGGCCGACAACGAGGAAUCCGACUUUUUCCACGGAGGCAACGACUCCCAGUCGUCGCUCGGUGUCCCCAACAUUGAAGACAUGCAGGUUUCCGAUGGCGCUGAAAACAACGACGAGGAUUGCCUUCCUGGUGUCGCCAAGUUGCCCAACGAAAUCCUUAUCAGCAUCUUCGCCAAGCUCAACAGCACCUCUGACCUCUUCCGCUGCAUGCUCGUCAGUAAACGAUGGGCUAAGAACGCCGUCGAUCUCCUCUGGCACCGUCCCGCUUGCAACAACUGGCAGAACUAUUCGUCCAUCUGCCGGACUCUCCAGCUCGACACGCCCUUCUUCGCCUACCGCGAUUUCAUCAAACGCCUCAACCUCGCCGCCAGUGGUUUAGCUGAUAAAAUUAGUGACGGCAGCGUCAUCCCUCUCGCCGUCUGCACCCGCGUCGAGCGCCUAACUCUCACCAACUGCCGUCAACUUACCGACCAGGGCUUGGUCCCCCUGGUCACCGAUAGCUCGUUCCUGCUGGCCUUGGACGUGUCUGGGGACGAGCACAUCACCGACGCAUCGAUCCGUGCUGUGGCGAGAUACUGCAAGAAGCUACAGGGCUUGAACAUCUCGGGCUGCAGACAAAUUACCAACGAAAGCAUGAUUCUUUUGGCUCAGAACUGCCGUUACCUAAAGAGGCUCAAAUUAAACGAAUGCGCCCAACUACAGGACGUGGCCGUCCUUGCCUUCGCCGAGCACUGUCCCAACAUCCUCGAAAUCGACUUGCAGCAGUGCAUCCAGAUUCAGAACGAACCCAUUACGGCGCUGAUUUGCAGGAGCCAGUCACUUCGCGAACUGCGGCUGGCCGGCUGCGAGCUGAUCGACGACGGGGCCUUUCUCUCGCUCCCUCCGAACAAGACGUACGAUCAUCUGCGGAUCCUUGAUCUCACUUCGUGCGCCCGGGUGACGGACGCAACCGUGCUGAAGGUCAUCGACGUCGCCCCCCGUCUCCGUAAUCUCGUGCUGGCGAAAUGCCGCAACAUCACCGACGCGGCCGUCUAUGCCAUCUCCAAGUUGGGCAAGAACCUGCACUAUCUGCAUCUGGGUCACUGCAGCCAGAUUACGGACGAGGCCGUCAAACGGCUCGUCCAGCAUUGCAACCGCAUCCGCUACAUCGACCUCGGCUGCUGCACCCUGCUGACGGACGACUCGGUGGUGCGGCUGGCCCAGCUGCCCAAGCUGAAGCGGAUCGGACUGGUCAAGUGCAGCAACAUCACGGACGAAUCCGUCCUUGCGUUGGCCCGCGCGAACCACCGCCCCCGGGCGCGCCGCGAUGCUUUCGGGACCAUCAUCGGCGAAGAGUAUCACAGCUCUCUCGAGCGUGUCCAUCUGAGCUACUGCACAAACUUGACUUUGAAGAGUAUCAUCAAGCUGUUGAAGUAUUGCCCGAGACUCACGCAUCUGAGCUUGACAGGCGUCGCUGCCUUUCUUCGCGAGGAGUUUGCCGAGUUCUGUCGCCCGCCACCUCCAGAAUUUACCGAACACCAGCGGGGCGUCUUCUGCGUCUUCUCGGGCACGGGGGUGAGCAAACUCCGCGAGUAUCUCCAUACAGCCCCCGAGUACGAGGCGCUACGCGACUGGUCCCAUACGCCACGCUUUGUCCGUACGACACACGAUAUCGGCCGACUUCAAUCACCCAACCUCCAACCUAGAGCAGCUGUGCUGGGCAUCGUGAAUGGUGGCGUUGGUUUUACGGAAACAGAUGAGCCAGAGCCCGAAGUGACCGAGGAGGAGGAGCCUUUCGAAGGUCUUGACGGGAGUGAGAUGGUCCUCGAUGGGCAACAGCCUGCGAUACCAGCCCACCACUUGGUCAACGGCACCGCUUCUGCCGGAGUACCACCAGCACCGCCUAUCCACCAUGGACCGGCCGGAGGUCUCGCGGCCCCGAAUAACGCCAGCGCUCUGCCCAGCAACGGAAACCCGCCAACGGUACACUUCCAGCAUCUCACGCACCCCCAGACGCAGUCCGCAAGCCAGGCUCGACAGCCGCCCGUGAUUAUCUCGGGAUUUUAUCAUGAGGCAGAUACAAGCCGGGAGUCAAACUCGCCAGCUACUGCGGUGUCACCCCAAGGCGUGAACAUUGGACCUGGCGGCCCAUCAGGCAGCGGGCAAAGUCCUCUGGGUGCCAGCACAGCAUCCAUGCAGGGACAAAAUCCACCGAAUGGCGCGGCUGAACCAUCCGGCACAUCGCCCUGA